GAACUGGAUCCAGAAAAAAAUUGUGAAGAAGCUUCUACAGCAGGACACACUGAUAACACACGUCUGAAAGAGAUACUGGAGCUUAAGAGAAUGGAUAAAACUGCUUUGAUUUCCAUGUUCAUUACUUUUGUUGCAUCAAAUGAUGUGUUGAAGUAUGAACCUCAUACAGCUGGUAACCUUGAAAAUGGUCGUGUCACAUCUUCAUGGAAUAAACCCAAGUUUUGUAAUGGUCUAGACUGCCCAGAGUAUAAGACAGUCAAAACUACAAAGGAUUAUGAAGAGAGAAUCUACAGUGAAUCAAGAUGGGUUUCGACUAACCUCACAGGCAUAGACUACAAGGUAGCUCAGUAUCAAAUGUUCAUGAAGCUGUUCAAGUACAUUGGAGGAAACAAUGAAGGAGGAAAGAAAAUUGACAUGACAUGCCCAGUGACAGAUCGAAUCAUCCCAGCCCAGGGUCCUGCCUGCAAGUCGAAUUUCAUCAUGUCCUUUUACAUUGCUCCAAAAGUUACAACAGCUCCACUACCAAAAGACAAGACUGUCUAUCUGGAGACGAAAUCAGACCUUCAUGUCUAUGUGAGACAAUUUGGCGGAUUCACAGACGACUUUGAGGCCUGGCGCAAACAUGCUGAAGAACUGGGAAUUGCCCUCAGAAAUGAUGGUCUUGCAUAUGAAGAGGCUUACUACUUCACAGCUGGUUACGAUGCCCCAUUCAAACUAUUCAACAGACACAACGAAAUUUGGUUUCUGAAGAAAUAAAGAUGUAAACCAGUCUGAUAUUGUACAGGAAGUGACAUUUUCAGAAAUAUAAGGACACCAGUCUGAUAUAAUGGACCAAUAAUUAUACUUAGCAUUUUGUGGAUCUGCUAACAGCAAGAUAUUUUCAACCUUUAGCCUGCUGGUGGCAAGUGAUAUUGCCUUUGCCAAUGUGCAGGCUGAUCUUGGUCUGCACUGGUUGCUAUUCAGUCAGUAAAUUUUCAGUGAACACCCCUUUGAAUAAUAAGUAGUGCCGCCCAAAUUGAAUGAUGGACCAGUUCAUUUUAGAAAUUUAGCAGGAUAAAGGUUAAUUGUUUCAGAAUUAUUUAUCUUUGAAAUGUUAUAACAAAUGUAAUGAAUCUCUGUGAAAAAGUCUUUCAUGUAAUAAAUACUACUUUUAGACAAAGGCAAUUGCUCUGUGACAAAACGGUUGAAGAAUUACAGCUGUAUUUAGAUCUAGUUGUGUUUAUUUUUAUUCUCUAAGAUAGAUAAUAUGUUUGUUGCAGCAAUCAAAUUUUUUUUUGAUGAUUAUAGCUCUGCAUAAAUGAUGAGAAAUUAAAAUAGUCAAGGUAAAAAAUUGAAUAGUGCCAUUUUUUUAACAUGGAAAGACAUGUGUUUGAACUUAGAUGGCAUUGAAUGUAAUUUUAGUAUGCAUUUAAAGACACAUUGAAGUAAUAAUAUUCUUGUGAUUAAAGAUCUGAAUUGUUAAACAGGAGAUCUGACAAUUGAUUCAUAACUUUAUUAGAAGUGAGAUAUUUCUCAUUUCAUUCAAAAAGUUGUAUAUGCAUCGGGAGUUUCAGAGGCCUUAUAGAAAAAAAAUGAAGGUACAUCAGCAGUUUUUGAUAUUGACACUUGUUGUAUUGUGAUAGUGAUUACAUUAGUCAGUGAAAUAGCUAGGUAAACAAACAUAAUAAAUUAUUAACAAAAUUUGUCAUACAUAUCAACAUGAAACAAAAAGAUGGUAGGUCUCACACAAAGGUGCUCUUUAAACAACAGAUUUGUGUGGGUUUUUCAUCAAGAAACUCAUACUGAAAAUUAUCAUUUUCAUUUUAGCUAUGUUGAUAUAUCAUGUUCUUUGCAUCCAUUUGGAAUUGUUGCAAUAGCUAUGUUAUAAGAUGAUGUUAUAGAUGAUGCACUUUUAUUUUGUGUCAUUGGUUAUUUAUGUAUGCUUUUUUCCUCCAUUUGUAAAACUGCCAAGAUAUUAUAUAGUAAAACAUGCAAAUUUUAUCAUAAAAGAAACACACAUUAAUUUCUUGUUAAUGAUAAAUUUUGAAAAAGCAAGUAGAAACAUUUAUUUGUUCAAUAAAUUUAGUGCUUGAAUGUACAAUCUGUAUUUUCCUACAUUACUAGUUUUAUUGGUUAUUUACUUCAUAUAAUUAUAAAAGCCACUCGCUCAUAGUUGGGGUGAAAUUUUUCAUCAUGUUCAUUACCACAAAGUAGGUUGGAAGAUUGUUUAUCAAGCAGCAGUUUUGUAGAACACUCUUAUAUUAUACAAUAUAUUAGAAUUUCAUAAAGCAUUGUUAAGUGAAUGUUUUACAGUUUAACUGCCGGGGGUUACAGAGAAAUAUUAGAGUUCUUGUUUGAAAAGAUAUCUGGCUUACUCAGCUUUUGAAAAAAAGCCUUACUACACAAUGAGAUUGUUUAUUUUCUUUUUUGAUCAUUAGUAAACUGUGAUAUUGUUGUGAAAAAAAUGUGAACGAGAUUGCACAAUUUUCCUUUCAUUGAGUUUACACAUUUAUCAUCCAGAUCGUCACAGUGUAUAACAGUCACAAAUAUAUUAUUUGCAACUUAAGGAUUGUUUAAAUUACAUUUGAAACCCAUUUAUUUUUCAAUCCAGAGCUGCAAUAUUUUACAAUAUAAACUGAACUUGCAGAUUGUAUGUUUGACUUACAAAUCAUUUUUAUGUGCUUUCUUGUAAUUUUAUAUUUUUGCGAAUAAAUGUUUAUUUUCAAGAA